AUGAGCAAAUACCAGCCCCCAACGAAGAAAAAAGUAACUAAACAAACUGUUCCCCAGCAAUCCAAGAAGCAAGAAUAAUAACAGGAAUAAAUGUAUAUAGAGACUAUACUCGAUCCAACAUAAGAAGCAAUAAUUAGUUUAAUCUAAGAGUAUCUAGUUAGAUACUAAUUGCUUAACACUUUAGAUACAUUAUCGAAAGAAUUGGCUUCUGGAUAAAUGGGAGCUGAGACUUAUCAUCUGGAUUCUGAACUACUUGAAUAUUUUGAUAAAGGAUAAUAUGAAAUGUUUUUCAUGUUAUGGAACAAAUAUCUUCCUUAUAAUUUAAGAAUGAAGGACGAUGACGCUAAGAAAUUGGAGUUUUACAUCUAAAUCUAUUUCUUAAUCUAUGAAAUACAUCCUAAAACUGGUAAAAAAGGAGGCAUAAUUGGCAAGGCUGCACUUCAUUAUUUUAAGACAUACCUCGAUACUAAAGGCUAAGAGCUAUCCAAAACCACAGAAUUUCUUCCAUAUUAUGCUCUUCCAUAUGUACAAAGGCCACAAGAACACUAAACUUACAAGCAUUUGUUUUCAGGUCAAUGGAUUCUGGAGACGAAAGGGAAACUUGUUAAAUUAACAAACGAGUUAUUAAAUAGAGAGUAAUUAACAGUAAUGGAACAGAUGUAUCAAAACUUUACAGAUGAACCUAAGAAAGUGAAUUUAACAUCAUCUAAUCAAAAUUACACAACUUAAUUGGGGAUGAACAAUUAAGAAUUGUUGGCUGUUAUAUAGGAUUAUAAUUUGAAAUAUAAUUAAAUGUAAAAGAAAUUUAAAGAUUAUAUUGAACAAAGCAAGUAAACUAUGAUAGAGGCUCAAUAAAAAUGGUAUCAAUUAAACAAGGAGGUUACAGAUAUUGCUAAUUAAUUAAAUAAAAUGCUAGAAGAGAGUAGAAAGGGAAAAUAGGUUCCAUAAGAUCAAUUGGAUGAACAAUUAAAGAAAUUAGCUAAAUUGUCUCAGUUUUUCAGUACGUCAGUGGAAGAGAUAAUUAGUUAGAGUUAAGAUAUCUCUAUGUAUGAUAAAGCAAGCAUUUUUGAAAAUGAUCUGAGCAUAAGUCCCAUACCAUAACAUUCCUAAUAAUAACACUUUAAUUUUAAUUAACCUUAAAUUCCUUAUGUGUAAUUAAAUUAUUCAAAAAUCAAGUCAGUAUUCUAAGAUGGUUCAAGUGACCCUGGAUUUAUUUGUAGAAUUUUGUAAGCCUUAAGAUUUAGAAUUACAACAGCAAAGGGUGCUAGAGUUAGAAGAGAAAUCUUAAUCUAAUAUGCUUAAUUUGAUAUUUUGGGAUGUAUUCCAGGGAAUACAGCAGUGUUGUAAAGGUUGUUAGUUGAUGCCCCUAAUUCUGUUAAGGAAUACACACUACGUUUAACUAAUGCAAUGGCUAGUGAUUAUUAAGGAAGAAGCUAUUUGAUGGCAUCAUUUACAUUAAUAAAAACAUUGAUUGACAUAUUAAAAAAAGAAAAGGAUGACUCAUUAGUCAGAAGAAAUGCCUUGGGAGCUCUUCAAAAGCUAUCUUUAAGAAGAAAGCCUUAAGUUGUUAUGAUUGAAAAUGAUGUAAUAAAGUGGAUCGUGAAAACUUUGGAAAAUGAAAAGGAGUCCUUAAGUGAAUACUCAUAUGAAUAUGCAACAGCAUUAUUUAUGAAUCUCAGUAUGAGAGAUUAGGGAAAGUAGAAAUGUGUAGAAUUUAAGAGGGAUGUUCUUAAAGUAUUAAAUGAACUAUUAGAACAUGACAAUAUGUAAGUUAGGACCUUUGUAAAUGGUACUUUAUACUCUUUGUUUUCCAUUUCUUAAAUGAGGGAGCAAGCCCAAGCUUUAGGAAUGAAAGAAAGAUUGGUACUUUUGAUGUAGAAUUCUGAUGACCGAUUCAUUAAAUAGAUUUAAUAUAUUUUAGAAUAAAUUAACAAAGUAGGUCCAGAUGAGUUAGAGCCAGAUGAAGAUAAUGAUGUAGAUGACAUAGAUGAUAUUGAUGAUAGUGAAGACACAAUAGAGGAAGAAGAUGCUGAAGAUGCUUUAAAGGCUAAGGAUGGAGAAUUGGUUGGAGAAGAAUUACUUAAUGCUCAUUUUAGUUUAUCUCACUAAGAGGCAAUUUAAUAAAAUACAAUGACCAGAUCCAUUAUUAUGCAGGAGAACUAAAAUAAAAAAGCUAUGACACCAAAGAGUUCUUAAUAAUAACCGUUUAGACCAACCACUCCUGUCAUUUCUGCAAGUUAAUUACAAAAAUCUUAAUUGCCAUCUGAAAUGAAACCUCGACCCAAACUUGCCAGAACACCAGUCGGAUAGGAUAGACCUGCAGUUAAUUUUGAACAGACUGAAUAGCAAUUCUAGUAAUAAUAAUAAAGUAUGAAAUCUUCUUAACAAAACAAUAAUUCUCAGCAAAGAUAACCCUUGCCAGAGAUUAAACCAGCAAUUGAAGCACCAUUAGAAUAACCAAGUUACGAAAGAAAUGAUGAAUAUAAAAAUGCCUUUUAACAUAAACCUAAAAUUCCCAGAACACCACCCUAAAAAUGA